CUGCACAGCUACGGGCUCAGCACAAUACAGAGUCUGUGUUAGUUGUCCAGGGCUGCUGUAACGAAUCACCACGAACUUGGUGGGUUAAAACCGGAGAAAUUUAUUCCCUCAUAGGCUGGAAGUUCAAGAGCAGUUUCUCCGGGCAGAGCUGUACUCCGGCAGAGCUGUACUCUGUUCCUUGCCUCUUCCAGUUUUUGGUGGCUGCCAGCAUCCCCUUGCUUGUGACGGCACCGCUCCAGUCUCUGCCUCAGUCUUCACAUCAUCUUCUCCUGCUCUGUGUGCAUCAGCCCUCUCUCCAGUUCUCUCUCUCAGAAAGAUGCUUGUGAUCGGUUUUAGGGCUCACUCAGAGAAUCCUGGAUAAUUUCCCCGCAUCAAGGUUCUUCAUUUAACCACACCGGCAAAGGCAUGUUUACUUUAUAAGGUAACCUUUACAGGCUCCAGCGAUUAGGACUUGAACUAUUUGGGUGGACAUUACUCAGCCUCCUACAGAGUUCAAAAUCUUUGCAUACAAUUCCAGGAGGCUCACGGAACAUCCGCUCCGCUCCAGCCAGGCAUUUCACCAUAGCUAUGCUGUAGACAGAUACACUGGAGGCCAGUCUAUGAUUCACCAUCCUCUUGACACCUCACAAUCAACUACAGUGCUGGUUAAAAAAUACAAAAUCCCAACCCCAUCACUAGUCCUGGUAAAUCAGAAUCUUCCAGAGGCCAGGCCCAGCAAUCUGCAUUUCUGACAGGUUCCUGAAAAUGACUGAGGCGGCCAGCCUUGCACCGAGACUUUACUGAGUAGCGAUUAAGAGCCUGAGCGCCGAAGUCCCCUCACUGUUAAAUGAACCUGGUAACUCCUUCACAGUACAAACUCUUUAAAAAAGAGAAGCCUAUUUGCACAAAAAAGCGCUAACGCUCCCCCCCCUCCAAUCCCCCUACACAAAGAUGAAGAACUUUUAUUGCUUAUCUGAUUUCGAUUCCACCUCAUGUUUAAUGCACCUGGCUUCAAGGCCCAGCGUUGAGCGGAGGGAGAGAGGGAGAAGGAAAAGCCCCGCCAACUCCUCCAGUCCCCGCAACCCAGCGGCACUUGACGUCCCGAGGACCUGCGGCCCACCUCCCCCCACCCCCUACUCCGCCUCGGCCGCCGCCGCACAGUCGCAUCCAGCCCGAGGCUGCGCGGGGAGCCCGCCCCCGCACCCCGCGGAUUGGCCGCGGCGGCCCGCUCGUCACGCUCUUUUGUCUCGAUGGGCCGAGGAUAAAAGCCGCCGCGGCUGCCUUGGGAACCGCGCUGCCUCGACUAGGCUACCCCUCGCUGGGCGGCCGUGCGGAGCAGCUCCGUCGGGCGGUCCCGGGUCGCUUAGCGGCCGAGGAGGCGCCCGUCCUUUCUUCCUGCAGGGCUGCGGAGACCGAGGGCGGAAUCGCAACUGUCAAAGCCGGAGUGUCGGCUGCCCACCGGCGGAGCACAGGCCACCAAAGCCCAAUCCGAACUUGAAUUCUGUGCCGCUGAUUGCAGAGCUGUCUUGACGCCCUGAGGUCCCCGGAUCGUCGACCCCCGGUGGACGGAGAUCGACUGUACCCCAGAGGCGAGCUUUUUCACGGAGGCCACCGGUUGCCGAAGCAGGAAGAGAAAUAAAGGCGCGCGCCUGUUCCUGAGCUCCUCUCCUACUGAGAUAAGGGAAGGCAGAGCUUCGCCCUGCUCUCCGCCAGCUCCAGCACGCCUGCAGAUUAGGCUCUUCCCCAAAGCCUGAGCAUCUUGUUAUACUCAGAUACCCGGUCGCCGUCCGUGAUGGCGAGCAUCAUUGCGCGCGUGGGUAGCAGCCGGCGGCAGAACGCACCCUUGCCGCCUUGGGCCCAUUCUAUGCUAAGGUCGCUAGAGAGGAGUCUUGGUCCUCUAAUGGCCAACAUGGCAGAGAGAAACAUGAAGUUGUUCUCGGGGAGGGUGGUGCCAGCCCAGGGGGAAGAAACCUUUGAAAACUGGCUGAUCCAAGUCAAUGGGGUCCUGCCAGACUGGAAUAUGUCUGAGGAGGAAAAGCUCAAGCGCUUGCUGAAAACCCUGAGGGGCCCCGCCAGGGAGGUCAUGCGUUUGCUGCAGGCGGCCAACCCCAACCUAAGUGUGGCAGAUUUCUUGCACGCCAUGAAAUUGGUGUUUGGGGAGUCUGAAAGCAGCGUCACUGCCCACGGUAGAUUUUUUAACACCUUGCAGGCGCAAGGGGAGAAAGCCUCCCUUUAUGUGAUCCGUUUAGAGGUGCAGCUCCAGAAUGCUAUUCAGGCAGGGAUCAUAGCUCAGAAAGAUGCAAACCAGACUCGCUUGCACCAGCUCCUUUUGGGGGCUGAGCUGAAUGGGGACCUGCGCUUCAGGCUCAAGAAUCUUCUUAGGAUGUAUGCAAAUGAGCAGGAGCGUCUCCCCAAUUUCCUGGAGUUGAUCAGAAUGAUAAGGGAGGAAGAGGAUUGGGAUGACACUUUCAUUAAACGGAAGCGGGCCAAGAGAUCUGAGUCAGUGGUGGAGAGGGCAACUAGCCCAGUGGCAUUUCAGGGCUCCCCACCCAUAGUGAUUGGCAAUGCCGACUGCAACGUGAUAGAGAUAGAGGAUACCCCCGAUGACGACUCGGAUGAGGACGAUCUGGUGGAGUCUCAGGACCCCCCACUUUCCUUCUCAGGUUCUCCUCCCCCCAGGCGCAGAGCCAGACCCCUGGAUCCAGUGCUAGUCAUUGAUUCCCCCGACAAUUCUCAGGCUCAAUCGCCUUCCACCAGCAGGGGGUCUGGGUCUAAGAAUGACGGUCCCGGGGAUAUGCGUAGAACCCGGAAGCGAAAAUACACCAUCCGCUGUUCCUAUUGUGGUGAGGAGGGCCACUCAAAGGAAACCUGUGACAAUGAGAGCAACAGGGCCCAGGUGUUUGAGAAUCUGAUCAUCACCCUGCAGGAGCUGACACACACUGAGGAGGAAGGGCCGAGAGAGGCCCCUGCUGAGCCCAGCGACCCUUCUGAGCCACAGUGAGGUGCUAGCCCCCAGCUUUAAAAGACCCCUAACCUAUAUUCAGAAUCCAGCAAGGAGAAACAUGGGGGGGGGGUGCUUCUAACUGCAUGAAUUAAUCCACAAAGCGGCUUUCUUUCGGGCGGAGGAGAAGAGGUCCUGAAUAUUAGUGGAGGGAGAUGGCCUGACCUCCAGCCUCGCUUCCAGUCCCUGCUGCCUAAGGGUCUACCUUCUGUGUGUCCUCGAUGGCUGUAUUAUCUUUGUGAAAGUGGUAUAAUUCAUUGUGAAAUACUACAAACAACAAAGACAAGUACAAAAAGUACAAAUUACCCAAAACCCUCCAGCCCUUAUAUAACCAUGGUCAACCCUUUGGUGAAGGUCCUUCUAGAUAUUUCCCUACCCCUAUGUACCCAGAUAGAUAUAUGUACAGAUACAAGUGAUCAAAUAUAAGUGUUGUUCUAAAGUCUGUAUUUUUUCACCAAAUAAUAUAUGUCGUGGGCUUCUUUCUAUGUCAAUAAAUCUAUAUCAGCAUCUA